AUGAUGGAAAACAACACUUAUUCUAUCAAAUACCCUUUAAGCAAGAAAGAUAAAUACGAUUUCCAAUUAACGAGUCUAUUUUUAGGAGGAGUCGAAAAAACUGCAGACGAUUACGUUAAAAGUGCUAAAGUAUUGCGGCUCGUUUAUUACUUUAACGACUACUCGAAACUUGAAAGAAGCAAAGUGGAAGAAUGGCAAAAGCUGUUUUUGGAUCUUAUUGAAUCGAGUAAUUUUCAGUACAUAAUCGUCGAUCGAUACACAUCGAUUACAAUUGAACAAGAGUUAUCAUCUGUCGUCACUCGAAUAUUUGCUCGAAUACCGAUUGCAAUAUUAGCAAUAGCAAUCUUUUCAAUGCUGAGCUGUUUGUAUAACAGUUGGAUCGAAAGCAAACCUUGGACAGGAAUAAUUGCAUUAACAUCGGGAGGAAUGUGUUUGGCUUCGUCAUUUGGAUUGAUCAUGUAUUUUAAUACACCGUUUGUGGCUUCUGCUGGAUCUAUACCCUUUUUAAUUAUAGGAGUAGCCAUGGACGAUGCUUUUGUCUUUCUUGCUGCGUGGAAAAGAACCGAUCCACGGAAGACCGUUCCAGACAGACUCUCAGAAGCUUAUUCGGAAUCCGCCAUUUCUGUUACUGUAACUUCAGUAACGAAUUUCAUAGCGUUCAUUUCAGGACUGUUUACACCUUUCAGAGCAAUAACUUAUUUUUGUUUAUACGCAUCGAUUGCUAUUCUCUUCUGUUAUAUUUAUCAGAUAACGUUCGUUGGUGCAUGCAUGGCACUCUUUGGAUAUGUGGAGAAACAAGAAAGACAUUCUUUAUUCUUUACGAAAAUAAAUACACAAACAGAAAACCACUCGCGAAUUCGAAAAAUCCUCUUCAGCGCCGAUUCUUGGAAAACUACUAAAGACACGACGACUCCUACGUCAUCAAUUUGGACGAAGCUCGGAUACGUGGCAGUUGGAGUUUGGGGAGUGACAAGAACAGAUCCUAUAGGAUCAUUUUCCCACUCUUCUGCAUACGAUUCAUAUUACUUGCAGUAUCAUAAAAAUGUUUUUAAAUAUUUCAAGCAGUACGAAAAUAGAAUCCAAAUCGUUGUCGAUCAAGAAAUUAAUUAUGCAGAUUUGGAAAUUCAGAAUCAAAUAGAAAAACUUUUUUCUGAAAUGGAGAGAGAAGGAUUAAUUGCAGAUUUUCUUACUGAGUCUUGGCUCCGAAGUUUUGUGGAAUUCGUCAAAGACGAUUCAAUGUCUGCGAUCGUAAAGUCGUACAACAUGAGCGACACAAAAGAUUUUAUUGUAAUUAUGCGCCGAAUGUUUCUACGUCAUCCUUAUGCACAACGAUUUCGUAAUGAUAUUGCCUUCAACUCUGAUUAUACAGCUAUCGUUGGAAGCAGAUUCUUUUGUCAGACUAAUUUCACUGUCAACGAAAAAUCAUUCAUCGUGACUUUACAGAGACUAAGGAAAAUCACUGAUAAAAUGCCUUUCAGAGUGUUUCCCUAUCACUUCUUCAAUUAUGGUCUCGAUGGCUUUGUUUUGUAUGUAAAAUUUACUGUACAGUUGUUGAGUGACGUUGUCGUUACGUUUUCUGUAGCUUUUUCGAUUGUUACUAUCGAAAUUUCGACGUUAGGAUACAUGGCUCUGUGGGAUGUCGAAUUAUCACCAGUGUCUAUGAUUGUCUUAGUCAUGUGCUCUGGUUUUUCGGUCGAUUAUUCUGCUCAUCUUUCUUACGCUUAUAGACAUUGCGACAUUGAAGGCUACAAUGAACGUCUUCGUCAUAGCAUCGAUUGUACAGGAUUUGCUAUAUUUCAAGCAUUUAGUGCAUUUAGUGCUUGA